AUGCAACGUCAUCAUCACACCUCUCUUUCAACAAGAACUACUGCAAGUCAUUUGCAAAUGAACCAAUGUCAUGGCAACCACACAAAGAAGGAACAACCUCUUUCUUCGGAGACUCCUGCAUCAUCCAAUCACCCCGAAUUGGAUACCAUGUUAUGGAGACCCUCUCUCCACUCCAUGCAACAUUCCGUCAUGUAUUCCUUUGCGAAAUAUAUUAUGAAACGCUAUCAAACUCUCUUUCUCGAUCAACAAUUACCUUUACCAGCUUUUAUGCAAGUACGAAUGGAACAUGACCCUGUUCUAUUCAAUUACUUGUUUCAUCAAUGGUCCAUCAGUGAUGAUCGAUUUUGGGGUUUGUUAUGGCGUUUUUUGAAUAUUAAGGCUUCGAGGGAAUUUACUCAUGUCUUGAAAAGACCAUCCAUGGCGUAUGAAGCUCUUGAGAAUGCAAAUGACAAGAUUUCAAGGAUGAAUGGUUGUUGUACCGUCGUGUCAUCCAAUAGUGUGUCUUCUUCAGGUGAAAAUACUCGUGAAGAAUUUUCCUUUUCCAAACAUCCGUUUUUGGGAAGUCAAUUCUUUGUGGGUGCUCAAACUAAUUAUGCACAAAAUUUAAUGGUGAAAUGUUUAGAUCCAACUUUUGAAAACUCAGUGGCUUUGGUCUCUCUUGGUGAACAAGGUGUUAAAGGAGUGAAAGUUGAGAGGAGAGAAAUCACUUAUGGAGAGUUAUGGAAUCAAGUUUCGAUCCUAGCUCAUUAUUUGAAAAAUGAAUUGGGUAUUAAAAAGACAGAUCGAUGUGUGGCUCUACUUCCAAAUUCCAUUGAAGCCAUUAUUGCGUUAUUGGCUGUGACUAGUUUGGGAGCUAUAUGGUCGAGUGUGAGUCCAGAUAAUGGAAAACGAAUUGUUUUUGAAAGAUUCAAACAUAUCGAACCUGUACUCAUGUUUACAUGCGAUCAUUAUACUUUUAAUGGAAAAGUGUAUUCAACCUCUGACAGUACAGAUUAUUUACAAGAGAAUUUACCAUCUUUGAAAAGUGUCGUCAAGGUCAAAUUCUUGGAAUUUACAACUCAUGAAAAGAAUUUGGAAAUUAUCAAGUGUGGUGUGAAUCCUUCCUCUCAACAACAACAAGAAGAAAGAACCCAUUCCACUCCCAUUCAUGAAUCCGAAAAGAAUCAUUCCAUUAGAAUUGUUGAUUAUUCAAAGGAUAUUAUGGAACCUUAUUCAUCCACUAACACUCUCAACGCUUCUUCUCCACUUGAAAUUCCAUCUCUCGAGUUUGAACAAGUCAGUGUGGAUCAUCCUAUUCAUAUUGUCUACACGAGUGGUAGUACUGGAGCACCAAAAUGUAUUUCUCAAGGAUUUGGUGUCUUGAUUAAUCACAUCAAAGAAACUCAUUUACAUUGUGAUAUCACAGAAAAGGAUACUGUUUUUGUGUAUUCUACUUGUGGUUGGAUGAUGUGGAAUUGGCUUGUCUCUUGUCUUUAUACUGGAUGUAAAAUUAUACUCUAUGAUGGAAGUCCAAUGUAUCCAGACGUGCUCAGUAUGUGGAAAUUAAUAGAACAAGAAAAGAUUACCGUAUUUGGAACGAGUUCAAGAUAUUUAUCACUCAUGGUCACUCAUAAGGUAGACUUGUUGAAAAAAACACCAAUGAAUUUAUCUCAUUUAAGAUUGGUGAAUACAACAGGAUCUCCAUUAGCACCAAGUACAGCCAUUUAUUUGUAUAAUCACAUGAUACCCAAUGUUCAGCUUAGUUCCAUUUCGGGAGGAACGGAUUUGAAUGGAUGUUUUGUAUUGGGGUCUCCUUUCUUGCCAGUUUAUCCAGGUGAAUUACAAACCGCUGGCCUUGGUCUCAAUGUUCAAGUUUGGAAUGAUGAAGGUCAACGAAUUUUUGGAAAGAAUGGUGAAUUGGUUUGUCUCAAUCCAUUUCCUUCAGCACCCUUAUUUUUCUGGGGCGAUGCUACACCUCAACGUUAUCAUGACAGUUAUUUUUCACAAUUCGAUGGAGUGUGGGCUCAGGGAGAUUUGAGUGAACAAACCAAAAGGUUUGGAUUUUAUGUGAUUGGUCGUAGUGACGCUACGUUAAAUCCUGGAGGAGUUCGAUUAGGUACUGGAUCGUACUAUGAUGUGUUGCAACAUGUGGAUGAGGUUGUUGAUUCUGUUGUAGUGGGUCAGAGACAACAAGAUGGAAAUGAACGAGUGGUAUUGUUUGUGCAAUUGCAACCUCAAUUGGACCUUGAUGAAAAGAUUUGUGAUAAAAUCAACACUACGAUUAGAACACAUUUAUCGGCACGUCAUAAACCAAGUGUGAUUGUGCAAACAAGUGGAAUUCCAAUCAAUGCGAAUGGAAAGAAGAUGGAGAAAUUUGUUAAAAAACUUGUGAACCAAGAUAAGGUACAGCCAUCAGAAAUUAGCUCUUUAAAGAAUCCAGAGUGUGUUUCUUGUUUCAUUCCUUCGAAUUGGAAAACAAGCAUUCCAACGAUGAGAACAUCAAAACUAUAA